AUGACCCAAUCGAGCCUCGCUAAACGGGGCUUCAUCAUCGAGUUGCGGAGGGGUUCAGGCUGGCAACUCACUACCCCGGGUCCGGCGCGCGGCCACCCAGACAGGGCAGAGUGCAGGUCUUCAUCGAGAAGCUCCCUCCACGAGAUCAUUUGUCGACCUUCGACCAACAGGCUGUGGCCUCGACUAAGGAGCUUCAUGGGACGGCACUCCUACAUCGACACGGACUUUAUGAAGCAGGUUGGCGACGCCUGUCUCGCAGACGAGCAGGUCCAGCGGGAGAUUGAAUCGCUGAAGCUGCCCAAGGGCGCGACGGUGGUAGUAGAGCCGUGGGCGUACGCCACCGACGGCGUCAGGGACAUGAAGGAACGGUGGACCAUGGGUUGGUUCUACAUGCGUCUAUCGGACCACCCAGAGGCCAACUACUACGCCUACCCACUCGACAUUUGCGCCGAGGUGUCGCCCGACCUCAAGGUCAGGAGCGUCUACCGCUUGCCAUCGGCAGCCGGGGACAAGAUGCACACGCGUCAGGCGGAAUUCGACGAGCGGAAAAUCGUCGACGCCGAAAAGAGCGAGUACCACCCCGACCUACUCACGAGCCACAGAACAACAACCAAGCCGUACCACAUUUCGCAGCCAGAAGGCCCAUCGUUCAGCACCGCGGGCAACCUCAUUACGUGGGAAAAGUGGACAAUGCGCAUCGGCUUCAACUACCGCGAGGGCAUGACGCUGCACGACGUGCGCUACGACGGCCGCAGCCUCUUUUACCGUCUCUCGCUCGCCGAGAUGUUUGUGCCGUACGCGGACCCCCGGGCGCCGUACCCGCGCAAGGCAGCCUUUGACCUCGGCAACGACGGCGCCGGCGUCAACGCCAACAACCUGGGCCUCGGCUGCGACUGUCUCGGGCAUAUCCGGUACUUUGACGGCUGGCUGACGACGGCGGCGGGCGAGCCGCUGCGGAUGCCCAACGUUGUCUGCUGCCACGAGAUUGACGACGGCAUUCUGUGGAAGCACACCAAUUUUCGCACGGGCAACGCCGUCGUGACGCGGUCGAGGGUGCUUGUGCUGCAGACCAUCAUUACCGUGAGCAACUACGAGUACCUGUUCCUGUUCUACUUUCAGCAGGACGCGUCGCUGUUCUACGAGGUGCGCGCAACAGGCAUCAUGUCGACGGCGCCGAUCAACAUCGGCGACACGGUGCCGUACGGGACCAUCGUGGCGCCGGGCACACUUGCACCGUACCAUCAGCACCUCUUCUGCCUGCGAAUCGACCCAGCGAUCGGCGGACACGCAAACUCGCUAGUCGUCGAGGAAUCGCACGCCAUGGCCUUCGAGGAGGAGGAGGACGCGUCCGGCGAGGACUAUAACCCCUUUGGCGUCGGGUACACGACAACGUCACAGGUCAUCGAAAAGGAGACAGGUCUCGAUCUCGAUUUUCACACGAACCGCGUCUUCAAGAUCGUCAACGAGGCGAAGAAAAACACCAUCACGGGCACGCCCAUCGGCUUCAAGCUGCUGCCAUGCUACAGCCAACUGCUCCUGGCACACCCCACGUCGUACCACGCGCGACGGUCCGAGUACGCGGCGCACGCGGUGUGGGUCACUCGGCAUGACGACGAGGAGCUGUUUCCGGCAGGCAGGCACACGAUGCAGUCGCUCGGCGGCGAAGGGAUCGCAUCGUGGAUUGCGGCGAGGCGUCAUGACGAGGCCAGGUCGUCGGUUCGAAACGAAGAUAUUGUGAUGUGGCACACAUUCGGGUCGACGCACAAUCCACGGAUUGAGGACUGGCCCGUCAUGCCGUGCGAGAAGAUGAUUGUCGGGCUGAAGCCGGUCAACUUUUUCCAAGGGAACCCGGCGUUGGACGUGGCCGUGUCGACGCAGGGGCGCAAUUGCAGUGUGCUGAUCAAUGGUGACUAA